CCCUCUUCAGCAUUAACGAGCAUUUAACUCUUGCCCUUAUCGUCGAUCUAGCCGUUUGUUUUUUUGGGCUCUCCGGUUCAAAAUCCCCUUGGCAAGCUAGCUCCGAGGAGGAGGCUCUCGGUCUCGACGCCCGUUCGCGUGGAAGCCUAGGCCGAAGGCCCUUUUGCCCGCACUCCAGUCCUCCUCCUCCGUCUCUCUAUGGUUUGCACGAUACCGAGAGCUGAAACCCCUAUCCGGCCUCCCUCUCUGUUUCGCACAGACCAAGCCGAAGCCUCCCCAAUCCCUCUGUUCGCGCGACCCCAGCCAGGCCGGCCUCCCAUUGCUUACAAGGAAUUUGUAUUAAUCAUAUUUUUAUAUUUGAUGGUUGCGAUUAUUGCUGGAGCUUCCCCAAUUUAUAAUGUGAUGGCAUACGGAGCAAGAGGAGAUGGCAAAACAGAUGACACUAAGGCUUUUUUGAAUGCGUGGAAAGCUGCCUGUGCAGAUCCUAGAAAUCCAUAUUUUGUUGUGACAGGCAAAGGAGGAAAGAACUAUUUGCUAAGCAAAAUAAUAUUUGAAGGGCCGUGUAGUUCUAGCUUGAAAUUUUUGAUCAGUGGAGGUCUUGUGGCCCCAAACAGAUUGUGGACAAAUCAAAUCGAUACGUGGAUCAUAUUCAAAAACAUACCAAAAAUAACUGUUCUCGGUAAUGGUUUAAUAGAUGGCAAAGGCUCCAUAUGGUGGGAUUGCUUGUCCAAAAAUCAAUGCAGGGAUGCACCAUAUAUAAUGGAGUUUAUGGGAUGUGAUUAUCUUAGAGUGAAGAAUCUUAACCUAAAGGACAGCCCUGGAAAGCAUUUAGUGGUGUACAAAAGCGAUUAUGUAACGCUGAGCGGUCUCAAAAUCACUUCUCCUGAGGACUCGCCAAAUACUGAUGGAAUUCUUAUCUCUGAUUCCCAGCAUGGCACCAUCUCAUACUCCACAAUUGGAGUAGGAGAUGACUGCAUCGCAAUCGGGCCACGUAGCUAUGAUAUUAAUGUGAGCCAUAUUACUUGCGGGCCUGGUCAUGGAAUAAGCAUUGGAAGCCUUGGAAAAAAUGGCGUUGAAGACAAUGUUGAGGGAAUUCAUAUCUCCAACAGCCACAUUUUUAACACCCUUACUGGUAUAAGGAUUAAGACAUGGCAGGGUGGGGCUGGUCAUGCCAAGUCUAUCUCCUAUGAGAACAUCAACUUCACUUCAGUUAAAGCAGGUGUCAUAGUCAUCGAUCAGUACUACUGCCCCGAACUAAACUGUCCAAAUAAGACGGGAAAUGUGGCGAUAAGCGAGGUAUCGUAUCUGGGUUUGCAAGGAAGCUCAGUCAGUGAUGUGGCAAUCAAACUGGCUUGCAGCUCGAGCAUGCCCUGCCGCGACAUCACCAUGAGUGAAGUGAGCUUUACUCCUCAGCAAGCCAAUAUUCGUCUGCAAUCUUAUUGCAUCAAUGCACAAGGAAGUGCAAGCGGGCAUGUCACUCCUCAAACUCCCUGCCUGCAACAUUAGCUAUAUUUGUAAUCUUGAUACUAUCUGUGGGUUCAACAUUUACAUCUUUUGUUUGGAAUUCA